AUGGCGGACCCCGAACGGCGAUCACAAUCGCCAGCCACUCGUCGAAAUGGCACACUGCAGUCGUGCGAGCCCUGUCGCAGAUCCAAGCAGCGGUGCGACCACGAGCGACCGGUGUGCCGACGCUGCACGACUAAGCGCAUUCCGGAUCAGUGCUUCUACCAUCCGGCGCCGAUGACCAGACGAAGACCAUCGGAUCCGGUCCAUGCAGCGAUAGUCGCGUCGAAGCGGCUAGUCAGCCAACCAACUUCCAACGCCUCCAGCCCUGGAUCAUUGGGUAAUGGCCGCAUAUAUACACCGUUAGAGCAGCACUCUUCUACGCUGCCGGGAUAUUUGGGGUCUACCAGUUACACUGCGGUGCUGGCUGAGCACCGCAAUGAAAUCCCCUUUGAACCGGAUGAGAGCUCCGACUCGGUAUCCUCAGACACGUUGGUCGAGCCAAAUCGACUGCAGUCCGGGCUGGAAAUUCUUCAUUUCCUGUAUAAUCUCACUGUGUGUCAGACAUUAGUCCAGAGAUAUUAUGCCAGAGGAGGGAAUGCAGCCAUGCCGAAAAUUAUGAUAGACACCAUCUUGAGCUCCAUCCGCCAGAUCUUUGACGGGUUCGACGCCAACAAUGUCACCCCUCAGCUGCAGGAUCUUGCCACCCAGAUGAUUCAUAACUCCUCCCGGCCGUUGAUUACGCACCGAUCUAUGACUGUCAAGGAGUACUGCUCGUCGUUUACGGGCCGUAAUUUCCGAUGGGAGGCCCUCGGAAGCAUUUUUGCGCUGUGUGGUCAGCAACUAGUUUGCACCCCGGACAAUGAUCCGCUUAUUGCCCAGACGGCCGACGACCACCGAACCAGAGACCGCCUUCUGGAGCAAGUGACCGUAGCCAGCGCGAAAUGUCUCGACUUUUGUGAGCAGGCCUCUUCGGCCAAUGAAUUGCUAGCAUUUCUGCAAUACAACGAUGCGAUGUUGCGCACACAGCAGUAUGGCGAUUCAAGUUAUGAUGCAUGGCGUCGUCUUGGUGACCUGGUAGCCACUAUCUAUGCCGCCGGUCUGCACCAGGACACCGAUGAUUCCGAUGAUAGCCCGUUCUUCCUGCGUCAAUGGCGACGAGGCUGCUUUGCGAGUGCAUUCCAUAUGGACAAAUUGAUCGCGACUUUUGUUGGGCGGCCGCCUCUCAUGAACUAUCGCUACUGCACAUUGACGGCCCCGCUGGACCUGGCGGAUGGCGUCCUAAUAGCCGGCGGUGACACACUCAGUAAAGCCAUUUCCGAGCUUGACAGCGCCGGCUGGAGCACGAACGGAAUCAGGAAUCGCAUGAGCCCUGCCCGUCUGCGAUAUCAAUUGGCCAUCUUUCGGGAGCAAACUCUUGAGAUUGCGUUGGGUACUCACCCGCAGCGUGACUUGAUUCGCAAAUCAAAUGAGAUAACGAAGAACGCCCGCGCCGUGUGGGAAGCUUGCCCAGAGCACCUUCGGUUUGACCGACAGAUGCCAGGCGAUGAGCGCGACGGCUCGCUCCUUGUGCGAUACAUGUACCUGGAUUAUCUAUACACAUUCUUCUUGCUUCAACGCUCCUUGAUCAAACACACCAACACCGGGCAGGAAGCCCUACUCGACAUCUCACGGCAGCUGCUGUCCAUGGUGAUCCAGAUUAGUUCCGUUCGGAAUCCCUUGGUAGACAUGGACCGUCAUUUCUCAUGGAUCGUCCUCAGCUAUGGUCUACCCAGCGCCAGUGUGCUGCUGAUUGAACUUCUGCGCCAGUCGCAUGAACCGGGCCCACAUGCCACUCCACUGCCACGCGCCGAGCUCAUCCGCAAUCUCAGUGUGUUCGUGUCUUUCUUGUCGUGGGUGUCGCGCCCGGGCCAUGGCAACUACCACACCUGCAAAGAAGCCGAGAAGAAGUUGUCUUAUAUUCUCGACCAACUGCUCGACCCGCAGCCGGUGCAUGCCGGCGUGGUGGACGAUGCCACUUCUGGCUUGUAUAAUUUCUUAAAUUUGUCGAACUACAACACCUGGGACUUUAAUUCGGAAUACAUGCCUCCAGCUGAUGGUUUUGCUCUUUGA